GAGACGACAACAAGGUCCGCCAUCUUUGCCGUUGCUCUGUGUUGUGGAAACUUUAUUUGUAUGUUGUCUGCUUUUUAAAUUAAGUAUGUUCUUCAAUCUUUUCUAGAUUUAUCUAUGUAUCUGCUAAUUUUUGCUCAAAACUUUGAAAUAGCUUUUUGCGAUCCCUAUGUUGUCCCAAUCUAAACGUUUUUUUAAACUCGAUUUUGUUUUUUGCUUUUAUAUCGUUGAAUGCUUGCAACAGCUACCAAAAUCUUAGUGUUACAGUUGUUUAUUCUUAAUUGAAAUAUUUUGCGAGAUUACUUUUCCUUUUUUGAGCCUAUUUUUCUUUCUUCUCGGUUGUUUCUGGACAGAAGUAUCUAAAAUGGAGAUUGUGUACGUAUACACAAAGAAGAGAAGUGAAUUUGGACGUCAGUGUAACUUCUCUGAUCGUCAAGCAGAGCUACACGUAGAUAUAGCUCCAGAUGAAAAACUCCUCCAAGACUACAUCGAGAAAAACCCCUGUGAUACUGGGAUUCAGUGUGUUCAAGAAAUGUCUGAGCACGAGGUACUUAAAGAAAAUUCAUCCAUUAAUAAAAACACUCAGCUAUGAUUUACCUCCCUGCGUAAGCAGACACUUCCUAGAUGUUAAAUCUUAAGUAUAGACCCAGUUCCGUAGGAAACUCAACAUCUUUAUUCAUUAUUUGACCUCCCCAUGGCAGCUAACACUUUUUAAGGUAUUCAGAGGUUAGAUUGCAUAGUAAUUGAAUGCCCUUCUUGAAAGUGUCAAUACACUUAUUGAUUUUGAGCAAUGUUUAAUGGACAAGGUAAUUUGCAAAGAAUAGUAGUUUAUUCAAUGGGAAGAAUAAGGAGACUGCUCAUGCAAGGGUAAGCACAAAGAGAUAUGUAUGUCAUGCAUGCGUGAGGGUAGAAUACAGAGCCCUCUGUAAUCACUGGAAAGAAAGCAAGAAAUCAGGCAAAUGGACAAAAUUCUACUCAUUAAAUGUGCAAUCUAUUUCCACAUUGCAAUCCUCACUUAUCCCACAUUCCAUCUUGUGUGGACAUGUGAUUACAGUCGCACCACUUGACUGAGUGACCACUGCAAGGCUUCAGUUACAAUGACAAAAAAACAAGAUCUAAUAGAUCAAAGUUCAUGAUAAAUCUAUUUGACAAUUUAUGAAAUAUUUUUGAGGGAUUGUCCCAAAAGACAUCAUUGUUGAUUACUUAAUUGUCUGAACAUUUUGACUGUUAUCCAAACCUCAAGCUUUCAAAUAAUCAGUUGUGAACUAAGAGGAGUCUUCUUAGGACUACUCUCUGGAUAUUCGAACUUGAAAACAUAUUUAGUAAGUGAUAUAUUAUUACUUGGUAAGGUGAAUACAGAGAGGUUUGAGACAGAGAGUCGUGGUAUAAACCAUGUGGAGGGUGGUUGGCCAAAAGACGUAAAUCCAGCCGAGGUUGAACAAACCAUCAGGUACAGGAAAAAAGUGGAAAAGGAUGAGAUCUACAUGAACACCAUUCAACAACUUUCAAAUGUAAGUUCAUGAACAUACACCUAAUUUUUGCUCAGUAUAACAUGAUAAAGGUGAAUCAGACCAAUUUAAUAAUUUAUGUGAAGGUUUGAAGAUCACAUUUUGAAGUGAUCUCAAUGUUCAAGCUUUAAUCUUGUUGAUACUCUUUAAGCCUAUUUUGAUAUACAAUUUCUAUUUGUUGCUUUUCAGAUUAUGGAACACUGUAUCAAACAGAACAAUGCAAUUGACAUUUAUGAGGAGUACUUUUCAGACAUUGAUGUGGACACUUCAGGUGACCCACCAUCAGCAAAAACCAUAAAUGUAUUCAGGUAAGCAAGUUAAUUAUCAUAUUGAAAACCAUAACCUUUGUCUUAAAUUACAGACCUAAAUAAAAGAAGCAACACAUCUGUACUUCAAAAUUAAGUGGGGAUGGUGCAGUGGUGAGAGGGCUUGCCUCCCACCACUGUGGCCUGUGUUUAGUUACCAGACCUGCAGUCACACAUGAGUCAAAUUUGUUGUUGGUUCUCAUCCUUGCAUGAAGGGUUUUUCUCCACAAUUUCUCUGGUUUUCCCUCCUCCAUAAAAACCAACAUUCCAAUUCAACUUGAAAACAGUGGACAAGAAGAGCCACUUUGUGGAAUGUCCCAUGUUAAAUCCCAUCUCUAUUAUUAUUAUUAUUAUCAUUGCUAUUAUUAAGAUUAUUAUUUAAAAAAUGGCCAAAUUAUGCAGUUGUUGACAGAAGAAAUUUAUUUAUUCAGAGAUCCUCAUGACACCAAGCGCACAGCUACCAGCCUUUCAUGGUAUCCAGACAGUUCAGGGAAGCUGGCUGUGGCAUAUUCCAUUUUAGAGUUUCAGCAAUUUGCAGGAGAGACCUCUAUGGACUCAUACAUAUGGGACAUAGGUAAGAAUUUGUUUGAAGAGUUACAGCUAUCUUAUAUGCAGAAUUAUGACUUGGACAUUGUUAUUUACUUCUUUGCACUUAAAUACUUGUCUUCUUAGAAAAUCCAAAUAAACCAGAGCUGGCUUUGAAACCUGUCUCACCACUAGUUUGCUUGGAAUAUAACCCAAAAGAUCCACAUAUUCUUGUGGGAGGAUGCUACAAUGGACAAUUAGGUAUUGUACUAAGAUAUAUAUUUGAUUUCGUAAUUUAACACAAAGAAUUCUCGCAACUUUAAAAACUUAAAAGGGGAGUCAAUCAAAUGAAUCCAUUUUUAAUGUAUGUGUCAAGGCAUGGUAUGAGGUUACCCUCCUCAUUAAAACUAGAAGCUCAUGUGUAAAAUGAAUGACAAAAAAAAUUAGGAAGUGCUCUAAAAUCAGAGGAAUUCACCUAUUAAAUAAAAUUGUUAUUUUUUAAAUUAUGUGCAAGGUGGGAGACCUAGAGAAGAUGAUAUUAAGGUGCAAAGCUCUUUUCCAUACACAAUAAUUAUGAUCUUCUAAUAAAACUUAAACAGGAUUUUGGGACACAAGAAAGGGAUCUCAUCCUGUGGAAAUGACAGCCAUUGAGCACAGCCAUAGGGACCCUGUAUACAAAACAAUGUUCCUUCAGUCAAAGACAGGUCAGUAUUGUUGCUUUUAAACAGUGUUACUCUUAUCCAUGCCCUCAAUGGAUUAUAGUCAUUAAGUUUAUUCUGCAGUGGCAAUUCCUCAAUGCCCAAUAUUUUCUCUAGGUACUGAAUUCUUUUCCACCAGUACUGAUGGGCGAGUUCUCUGGUGGGACAUUCGUAGGAUGGGUGGAGAGCCUACAGAGUCCUUGCUACUGUGUCCAAAUCCAAAGAAAGAUCCUCGGCCCCAGGGAGCAUUCUCUUUAGAAUAUGAACCCACUAUGCCAACAAAGUUUAUGGUUGGAACAGAGCAAGGAUCUGUGUUGUCUUGUAAUAGAAAGGCAAAGACACCUUCGAGAAGAUUGUGUGUUCCUUUUCCCAGCAUUAUGGACCUGUGUAUGCUGUUCAAGUGAGUUCCCCUUCAGAUUCCCUUUAAUUUCAAGGUUUUGAUUAUGCUCAAAAAUAUUUAGGGUAACCAUAAUGCAACACUAUAGAAAUAUUUAUUCUAGCUGUGACUGAUUGACAAAUUAGAAAUCCAUUAGAAAACAGGAUAAUUUAUGUAUUAGUUAUAAGCCACAUGAAGCAUGGAAGUAACAGAAACCACCAAUUACCACCAAUCCAUUCUUUAUUCUUUGUAAAAAAAAAAAAAGGUGAGAUAGUUUGCCCCACAAAUAGCUGGAGAGCUAACCACAUAUCAAACUUCUGUGCAAUUUAAGCCAAUAAUGUGAGGCAACAAAGGUGCAAUUAAUGUGAGAGCUAUGUUUUGUUUUAAAGAAAAAUAAAGUUAAACUGAAUUGGCAGCUGUCACUUUCACUUUUCAGCGCAACCCAUUCUUCCCCAAGAACUUCUUGACCAUUGGAGACUGGACAGCAAGGGUAAGUAAGAACAUGAUGAUCAUUUAAGUCAUAAGUAAAGUGUUCCAGUGCCCUGUGAUGUUAUCAACACAAUUUAUGAAGACGUAUUGCAUGGAUGAUGAGAAGGAGAUGCUCUGAGGGUUAAAUUUCAGUGAAUGGCUUUUGUUUUUUUUAAAUUAUAUAUUAUAUGGUUCAGCUCAAUUGUGAUAAAUUUCUCUUGUUUUGUCCAUCCUUAGAUAUGGUCGGAGGAUCUUAGAGAAUCAUCUAUUAUGUGGACAAGGUAAGUUAAGAGUUUGUAAAUUGCUAUUAGCAAUACUGUAUUUCCUUUCUAUUCAAAAACCUCUGUAUGAGUUACCCAUGGAAGGUCACAGAGAGCUGUGAAGCCAAAUGAGACUAAUAACAUGCCACAGGCCACCAGUAGCUGAGGAAAUCUUUGAGUCACAAAGUUGCAAGGACAAGUUACCAUACAUGGUCAUAGUUCUUAAUUAGUAAUUUUUAGUUGUGAUUUUCCAGGCAACACAUGUCAUACAUGACAGAUGGAUGUUGAGUCCUGUGCGGCCUGCUGUGUUCUUUACCACCAAGAUGGAUGGUACACUGGAUGUGUGGGACUACCUAUUCAAACAAAAUGACCCAACACUUAGUAUUCAAGUAAGUUCAGCCUUGUCUGGUCAUACAUAAGAUGGUAAUACAAGCCCAGAAAAGACAAACUGUUUUGUGAUUUAGGCAGGACAUAUUUGGUUUGUGCAUUGUCCAUAACUUACAGUAUGAUAGAAGACUGAAGUGGUUACUAUAGAACUUCUGUUUGGAACACACAAUGGACCCUUCCAUCCAGGAACAAACACAGACUUUGGUCUGAUCAUAGAAAAAAAAAUUAAUUGAGAGGCCAACAUAACAGCUCAUAAUCCUUGUACUGUACCUGUCAAAUUACACCCAAUUUUCCAACGGUAAAAAUAAAGACUUUUUUUGAAAAGGAAAGAUCAAAUAACAAGAUAGCCGGAACUUUUAUUUGCGGUUUGUUGUUAGGUUUGUGACGAAUCUCUGAAUUCGCUGCGUGUGCAAGAGCAUGGCAGGUUGGUAGCCUGUGGUUCACACUCUGGUACUGUCACUCUGCUGGAGCUGUCUGAUGGCCUGUGCAACAUUCAGAGAAAUGAGAAAGCUUCAGUCACUGCGGUAAGAAUGGCAUGUUAACACAUUUAUGUAUAUACCAGAUGAAACCUAAAUGUCAUGUAGUACUUUGAUUUCAAACUCCUGUGAUUUGCACUUUCAGAUGUUUGAAAGGGAGACAAAACGAGAAAAGAUUCUAGAAACAAGACAUCGUGAGAUGAGACUGAAGGAGAGAUCAAAGAGUUCACAGGACAAGUAAGAUAAUACGCUUGCAUUUAACUGUUUUGCUACGAUCUUGUAAGUCUUAUACGAGAUUAGACCACGUGAAAGGUCGUUUCUGAAAGAGCAAGAUAGCAGUCAAACGUCUGCGCGUGUGCAAGCGUUGUAAUUGCAAGGGGUUCUAAGUCAUUGUAAGGUGGCGUGCUUUCAGGCUCUCAAAACCAAGUUUUCUCACACAAGUUGCAAAUAGCCAUACCAGUCAGUAAGUUACGGUGUUUUAAAAACUAUAACUUUUUUGAUUAAGUCAUAAACUUAAACGGUAAAUUAUCAGUACGUCCAUACUUGAAUAAGUUUUUAGUUCGAAAAGUUUACCCACUUCUGUUCCCUUUUACAGAUUUCUAUUAACGCUUCAGUUUUUUUAUGCCCUUUUUUCGAGACAGCGGUUGUUUCUUCUGUUUUCCUUUGAACUUUUGCAUAGGAAAAUUGCGCGUGGCUAGCCAGAAUUGAUCUCCUCGCGCAUGCGUGCUGUUUCAGAAAAACACAUUAAGUUGUGUUCUGACUCGUGUGUUUGGAUUUUUCCUAUAGAGAGGAAGCUCAUGAGCAAGCAGAUGAGGAGGAGGGGGAGGAUCUAGUUAGUAAAGCAGAAGCUGAGUUCUUCAAGAUUAUUGACGCUGAGAAGAAAGCUCUAGAGGAAGCUGAAAACAAGAGGAAUGCAGCCUUUUCUGAGGUGAAACAGGCCAUAGCACAAGAGGGAAUCACCCAUGAAGAAUAUCAGGAAGGAGCCGGUGAAGAGAAGCAGUCUGAUGAGGUAAGAAAACUUUCUUGUUUGCCUAUGUAGCGUGCGUCGAGUUAGGCGAAAGUGUAUGUGUAGAUGCUCGAAGUUUCCCGAAUGACAUAACAAUAGAUGUACAAUAACGUUUUUCGCGACUGAAGCUUUUCACAAAACUACAGUUAUUAUCUCAGAGCUACCUAACAAGAUUUUCUUUCGCAUCCAUAGGCUCCACCAAACGAUGCUGAAAGUUCCGAGAAAACUGAAGAAUCUGUGAAAGAAUAA